AUGUCUAGUGGUCUAUGUCACCUCUGUGUCCUCUGGUGCCAUGGUGACGAGGCUGCUUACAGACUGGCUUCACACCCGAGUCAAGAUAAGAAGGUAAACAUCCCCCGUAGCACUGCUUUGCACAUUCCAAAGAGAAAUGCACACGUGCAGGCGUCUCUAAGCCUUUGGUCAUCAGUGUCCCUGAAAAGUACCAGCUAUGUGUGGAAUGGCCACACGUGCUCUGAGUUUCUACAAAGGGAGGAUGACAUCUCUCCUCCCCAGCAGUCCCAACGGGAGCCCAGGAGCAGCAGCAUGGGAGCGGUAGACACGCCCGGGCUGAAGGAGGCGCACCUCCUCCGGCGGGUCUCCACCACCCGCAGGCCCAGCGGGAUGGCCCUGCCGCCCAGCAUCAAGCCCCGGCACAGCCGCAAGAAACUGCAGGUCAUCAUCUGUGUGCUCCUAGUGGAGCUGUGUGAGCGCUUCACCUUCUUUGGGAUCGUCUGUAACAUGAUCCUCUUCUGCACAAUCAAACUGGGAUAUGACAACCACCAGGCAGCCAUUGUCAACUUGUGCUUUGUUGGAGCUAGUACCCUCACACCAGUCCUGGUGGGCUGGUUUGCAGAGACAUGCCUAGGAAGGACCAAGGUUCUCUAUAUGUGCGCCUUCAUGCAUUUCAUUGGUACUGCUAUGCUUCCAGUGGUGGCAUUCCCGUUUGAGGACUUUUAUAUGGAUACUCACAAUAUAAUACACCACCUGGAGCCCAGGGAGCAGCAGAUUCUUUUCUACAUUGGCCUCCUGGCUGCUGCUCUAGGAAUAGGCGGCAUUCGAGCCAUUCUCUGUCCUAUGGGCGCCUAUCACCUGCAGGGCUACGACCAACAUCAGCUCCUGUCCUUCUUCAACUGGUUCUUUUGGCUGGUCAAUCUGAAUUCUACAGUGGUGUUCUUGGGAAUCGCCUACAUCCAGCAGUCUGUGGCCAAAAAUCUAGGAUUCCUUAUUCCAUUUACAUCUGUUCUACUUGCACUCAUUGCCAUACAUAUGGUGCGAAGCAACCUAACCUUCCGCCCAAAGAAAGGAAGCUCUUUACUGACCACAAUGGGUGUGUUCCUGAACUCACUGAAGAUGUGUUGUUUACGUUACCGUUACUUGAGUGGGGAUGUCUCCAGUUGGUUGGACCGUGCGAAGGAGAACAAUGGUGGCCGAUACAGUGAGACACACGUUGAGAAUGUCAAGAUCCUGGCAAAGCUGUUUCCUCUUUUUAUCCUCCAGCUCAUCUACCGCACCUGCAUAACACAGAUUCCGUCAGGCUACUAUCUCCAGACCAUGCACUCCAAUCUGAAUAUGAAUGGCUUCCUGCUGCCCAUAGCUGCCAUGAAUGUGAUUAGCAUCCUGCCACUACUGUUGCUCGCUCCCCUACUUGAAUUUGUGAGCACCUGCAACCUGUCCAUGCAGAAGAAGCCCCUUUCUCCAGCUACAGCAAUAACUCUGGGUCAUACAUGUGCCACUCUUUCUACACUGGUGGCUGGUAUCACAGAGAUGUACAGGAAGGAAUACCCCCUGGUGCAACAGACCUUGUCAGGGAAAGUGUUGCAGGUGUCCUCCAUGGCCUGCUUCCAGCUCACACCCCAGUAUAUUCUACUGGGAAUGGCAGAGGCCCUAGUAAGCCCAGCAUGCUCCAUCAUCUCCUUCUGUCUGACUCCAAGUCAUUUGCGUGGAAUUGCUCUGCACUUUCUGACUUUAUCUUAUGGAGGAGGAUGUUUUCUGGGGGCUUUAAUUGUCCAGCUGGUCUUUUCUGUAUCUGACAGUGGAUUUUACCCGAAUAUUCUGAGUGAUGGAAACCUAGAGGGCUUUUUCUUCCUAUUGUCUGCACUGAUGGCAAUUAACACCAUAGUCUUUUGGAAACUAUCACACAGGUACUCAGACUUAACUGUGGAGUUGGGAAAAGGAGUGAGGAGCAGUCGUCUUGCUGAAAAACUUCUGCAGUACAAAACUGUCCUCCGGUUCUACGACACAAUUAACCACUCUGGAACUGUUCCCAAUGUGGAAAUCUAA